GCCGUAGAGUAAUCAGGCUCAUGUUUUUUGAGAAGAGAAGAUAAUGGGGCUUGAAACCUUGGCGAAGGCAUUCGAAUGAAGCCUAAAGAGAAACCCAAAGCAAAAAUCAGCUUUAACAAAUACAAAGACCCAAAGCCCACCUGCAAAACAAGAAAAUCUCCUACAAAACAAGAAAAUCUUGUAGGUGCUUUUAUUCCAAAGCCCAGCCCCAAUCCACAACAAUAAAGCUAACAAAAUCAUCCUAAAAAAUCGAAGGAGCGAAGUGAUAGUCAUAGAUGGCUAGUUCCUGACCUGCUGUUUGAGCUCUGCGUUAUUGUUGGAGGGUGCUGUUUAUGGGAUAUUUGAGGCAGUAUAAGGCACAUACCAUCUUACCUUUCACCUUUUAUCUGUUGUUUCAUCUUUUUUGCUCUUUGCAUGGCUUCAAAGCUGCUUAAAUCAGUUGUGCCCUUGAGGAUGAGAGAGAGCCCCAACUUAUGAUGAGCUUGAACCUACACUAAGUCCCACAUUUCUUUUAAUUAUAAUACCAACCUCGCAAGAUCAGCACUGAAGGCUCAAUCUUGCCAUUCUUUAUAGGGUUUUAAGUUAACUGAACCCCAUUUAGCCAAGGAUCAUAUCAAGCAUCUACAUACUGUUGUUACUGAUGGGUGUCUAGGUUUGGUAUAGGCCCUAUUGAAAUGGUUGCAAGUAGUAGCGUUUCCAACAGAGAAUCACCAAAGUCAAGCUUGAUUGGCCUAUAAUGACAACAUCACGGUCAAGGAGAAUAAGAGAAGGAAAGUAACUAAAUGUGGUUUCUGUAUGCCUACAACUGGCUAUCAUGUUGCAAUGCAAGAAAUAACUAAAUGCAUUAGCUAUCAUGUUUCAUUAAAUAUAAAGCGUGCCCAUCAUAUCAGGCAAGGCAACACUCACUCAGAUUCAAAAGCAUCUUCUUCUUCCCCAAUUUCUUCACAGUACUAAUGCUUGCUUCUGCAAGUGACAAGAUUAUGAUGAAUGAAGUAGCUCUCUCCUCUGGAUUUUUAUUUCCUAGUGUCAAAAUUUCAUUCUUCCAAAGGACAGCAAGGCUUACUAGCCUCGAACCAAAGGUAACAAGUGCUCUUUGUGUCAAAUGCUCUCAAAAACAACUAAAACUGAAUUCCAGAGCUGAUGAGAAUAGGAAGGUUGUAAAGAAAUCAGGAAAGAAGGAGCACCACUUAUGGCAGAAAAGAGAUUCAGCUGGAUCUGGGCAAAAGGCACUGAAUCUUGUUAGAAUUGUUUCUGAACUUCCUAACGAGAAAGAGGCUGUUUAUGGAGCAUUAGAUAAAUGGACAGCCUGGGAGACAGAGUUUCCAUUGAUUGCAGCAGCGAAAGCUUUAAAAAUAUUGCAGCAGAGGAGGCAAUGGACACGUGUAAUUCAAGUGGCAAAGUGGAUGUUGAGCAAAGGUCAAGGAGCAACGCUGGGAACAUAUGACACCCUUCUACUGGCAUUCGAUAAGGAUGACAGGGUAGAUGAGGCUAAAUCAUUAUGGAACAUGAUUAUACAUGUACAUACUCGCUCUAUGUCGAAGCGCUUAUUUUCAAGGAUGAUUUCUCUGUAUGAUCAUCAUAACAUGCAAGAUGAGAUAAUAGAGGUGUUCGCUGACAUGGAGGAGUUGGGUGUAAGACCAGAUGAAGAUACUGUUUGGAGGGUGGCACGUGCCUUCAAGAAAUUAGGUCAGGAAGAGAAGCGGGAGUUGGUUCUUGAAAGGUACCAGUGUAAAUGGAAGUAUAUCCACUUCAAUGGUGAAAGAGUUAGAGUGAAAAGAGAUAGAUGGAAUGAAGAAUGAUUGACAACUUGACCAAUUGAAGUUUGACUAAUUGGCACCGGGUGCCAUCUGAUUGAAACAUGAUGUGCUGGCAGUAGUGGCAUGCAUGCAAUCUAAUGCUCACACAUCUGUGUGAAGAGGAGGGUGUUGCAAAUUAGAAACGACUACUGUGCAAGAAGUCCUGAAUGUUGUGGCAAGGAUUUCAUCAACUCAAUCCAUCUUCAUAUGGUUGAAUGCAUACUUACUGUGUAUCUGCUGUCUGUUGGUUUACAGUGAGCAGAAAUUAGCCUACAAAUGUGAAGUUCUGCGAACCUCUUCACACAUUGUUUCAGAUCAAUGGUGUGGAGAUUGGCGCAAAAGUACAUGGAUUUUCUAAUUAUCAAGUUUCGCCAAUUCCUAGCGAAAGCUUGUUUGUUUGUUGUAAGAUGUGUUCGAGGAAGUCAAAUAAUUCCUCAUGUACAUGGAUGAUAGAGACCAGCACCUCUUUAAAUUAGAAGGUUACAACCGAAGUCGGUUCGGUUUUACUUCUAUACUUCUAAUACGAGGUCUGGAGGCAUAGAAAAGAUCUGCAGAUGCCAAAACAGUCUUCAUUCUGUAAUAAAAAAACUGGCGCUUUGUGCUUCUAGUGGCAGUAGAAAUGGUUCAAUAACAAUUAUUUUAAAAGUUAA